GCGAGAGCAACUUUGUUUGCUGCUGUUACAACAACUAUUUGCACGAGAAUUAUGUCUCUCACAUCACCAAAAGAAAUUUGGGAUUAUUUAAAGAAAGAAUAUGUUGGAGAUGAGAGAAUACGAGGAAUGCAAGUAUUAAAUUUGAUAAGAGAGUUUGAGUUGCAGAGAAAGAAAGAGUUCAAGACCGUCAAAGAGUACACGGACAGAUUGCUUGGCAUUGUUAACAAGGUAAGAUUGCUAGGCACUAAAUUUAAUGAUUCAAGAAUUGUUGAAAAAAUUUGGGUAACAGUGCCCGAAAGAUAUGAAACAUGUAUAACUAUCUUGGAAAACACACAAGAUUUGUCCAAGAUUACAUUGGUAGAGUUGUUAAAUUCUUUCCAGGCACAGGAGCAAAGGAGGCUUAUGGGGCAAGAUGGUAUGGUUGAAGGAGCCUUAGCAGCCAGCCACAAAACUCAAAGCAUGGAUAAAAAUUUGAAAAACUACCCACCUUGCCAGCACUGUGGAAAAAUGGGACAUCCACCAUUUAGAUGUUGGAAGAGGCCAGAUGCAAAGUGCAACAAGUGUGAUGAACUUGGUCGUGAAGCAGUGAUUUGCAAAAACGAAUCUCAGAAUCAUGAUGCAGAUGCACGUGUCGCCGAUGAAGAAGAAGAAGACCAUCUUUUUGUUGCAACAUGCAUAUCAAGAAAAUAAAAUUGACAAGCUUAAAGUCAAGAUGCAAACGGAGCAGGAAACCAUGCCAGAAAUUGUUAGCUGUCAAGCGUUGCAAUCAAGUAGAGAAGUGAAUUUAAUUCACUACAAGUCCAAAGAUGAAUCUGCAGAUUUAUUCACAAGGUCACAUUCAGUUAUCAAGUGUGAAGAUUCUAAGAUAGAAGACCAAAAUUUCACAGUUUCUAAAACAAGGAGGAGUGUUGAAUAUUUGCUUUAGAACCGCAAAUCUUUUUACU